AUGGCAACACGAACUGCUGCAAAACCAGGACGUCCACCUGGUAAAUCAACUGUUAAAACACCUGGAAAAGAUCAACUAAAAGGUGAUAAACAACCAACAAAUAUAUUAGAAAUUGUACCUGGUAAAUUUAAUGAAACCGAUUGGCUAUCACUAUUAGAAAAUGAUGAUACAGAAGAUUUUAUUGCUGAUAUAUUCGAUAGUAUAUGGACAGAAACAUCAAAACAAAUUCAACAAAUAUAUAUUCGUAGACAAUUAUUACCAUUUACAUUAAUGAUGACAGAAAAUGCUUUAUCAAGUGUUAUUCAAUGGGCAUUUUUAGAACGAGAUGAACCAAAACCAACCGAUGGUGACUUUUGGCAAGAAGAUGAUGAACCUAUUCCAUGUUCGAUGGAUAAUUGGGGUGAAGGUGUUGUACCGGCAUGUCGUGAAGAACGUCCUCAAAGUCUUGAACAAUCACCAACAUUAGAUACUGAACGUUUACCUUUAGCUCCAAUAAAUAUUGGAACACCAGAAGAUGUUAAUCAAAUAAAACGAUCCUCUUCAAGAAGUUCGUCAGUCAAUAGUUCAAUUCAAUCUGUCACUCCUACUAAAGGACCUCCUAAAAUUGAUCAUAUUCAUCAACAAAACAAAUCUGAAAAAUCUAGUAAAGAUAAUAUCGAUGACUAUACUUUAACUCGAAAAGAAUCUCCAAUCGACCAAAAUAUUCGCCGAUCAUCUUUUGAAAAAAAACCUUAUAAUCAUGAUAUACUUGUUAUUCAAAAUCAACCACCUAAGCUUGAACCAUUAUCUGGUUUAUUCUAUUCAGUACAAAUUCAAACAAGUAGUUCAUCAGUUAAUUUGACACCAGCAUCGACAACGAUAACAAAACAUCGACGUACAUUGGCACCAAAAGUAACAUCACAAGUUGGUUCUGAUGCAUUUGCAUCCAGUACAAAUAUAACUGGAACAACAACAACGAAGAGUAUAAGAAAACUUGAAUCGAAAUUAUUCGAUGAUCAACAUAUUGAAGAACUUAUUUCUAAAGCACCUGUUGCUGCUCAUUCAAUGCUCAAAAGUAUUUUAAAUCGACCACCUGGUUAUCGAGAACUUGAACUUGAUGAUUACGGAAAUGUUAUUUCUAUAGCUAAAAUUGAUCCAGAUAAACUUGCACCGAAAAAUAUUCGUGUUAAAUGCGAUAUUGUUAAACCAAGAAAAGCUGUCAUUGAAACACGACCAUUACCUAAACAAACAAAACAAAUGAAACUUUCUCGAUCGGAACCAAAAUUUACUCCUGUUAAACUUGUGCUUUCCGAACAUUCAAGUGAUGUUGGUGAUCUUAUUCAACCGGUGCCUGGUGUAUUAUAUGAAGAUGGAAAAUUAAAAAAAGGUGAUCCUCGACGAUACCAAACUGGAAUGUCAAAAUAUAAGAAUUUUUAUGAUGAAAGUCGUCCAUUGAGACCAAUCGCUCGACAAGGUGAUCUCGCUAUACUUCAAGCAGCAAAUGAUUUAUUACGUAAAUCAAAAGACUACGAUGAUAAUGAACAAGAUCCACAAAUUCCUAAAUUGCAUCGACUUGCUCGAAUACCACCAAUUAUGUCUGGAUCGAGUGCAUCAUCGGCAUAA